AGAAAUUAUGCCGAUCUUCUUCCCCGUACUCGUACCCAGAAGCAAGGAUCGGGGUUGCUAGCCUCGGCACAAAAAUCGAACGGAUUCGAACGAUCGACAACGAGCAGGACACUCGAGAGCACAAGAGAAAGGCAAACACGGAAUCGAGAAAAACGCUGCAAUCACAGAAACAGAGUUUUUGGCAAAGUGUUGCAGAAGUACCACUAGAAACCAAACCCUCCCCUCCAUGUGCGGACCAACCAAUCGAUUGCCCCCGGUGCAGGACGGCCCGGCGGUAGAUGCUCGCAGCUCGAGCGGCAAGCCACCCCUGCCCAACCCGGCAACGCCGACCACCGGACACCAAGCACCACCGGGCAGCAGCAAGAGAAGCUCCGCCGUGCCCAGCGGGAUCCUCCACGUUUCCCCGGCGGUCGCGGCCGCUGCCCUGGCCGCUUUCGUUUCCGUCGCCCCGUCGUACCUGUACGUCAACCGCGGGUUCACCGUCUGGUUCCACUGGGCCUCCCUCGCCUGCGUCCUGACCCGUUCGCACUUCCUGGCCCAGGCCCUGGUCCUCUGCGGGACCUCUAUUUGCCUGGGCUGGUACGCCUGUCUGGUCCACGAGUACGCGGUCCACGGCCGGGUCUUCGACGCCCUCCACAAGAACAUGCCCGGGGCGCUGGUGGACCGCAUGCUGCUGCCGGGGGGCGGCGGCGGCGAGAGCGGCGGGUCCCCGAACGGAGUUCUGGAUUUCGAGUCGACCGGGUCGCUGCUGGCCAUGGCGGUCUCGCACGUGCUGGAUUUCUUGGGCCAUCCGUGCCUGACCUAUUAUUUCUGGAGAAAGCACCGCCAGCUCCAAAGCCAAUCCAGUGUUGGAGGCAGCAACAGAAACAACAACAACAACAACAAGACGCAUUCCAAUGGCACGAACGAAAACCUGGUGUCAACCGCUUCCAGCAACACGAAAGGCGACGACGAGGCACUCUUUGCGUGGCCCGUGAUCCUGGCGUCCUACGGCUAUUCGAGGGUCUGGAGUUUGUUCCACACCUAUCACAAUCACGGCGCUUGCUCGUGGUUCUAUGUUGGCUUCGACGUCUACGUUCUCGACGACCUUGAUGCCUGGUAUGUGGCCUACGCCAUGGAGUCACUGUUUUAUGUUUCCAUCGUGAUAUGGAAACUAGGAAAGUCGUUAGCAUCAUUGAAAACAACGACGACGACGCAAAUUCCGCCCUCGACAACGAAGGCUUGCUAGCAAAUAAAUUAUUGAAGAAAAA